AUGCUCGAGUGCUCUUGGUUGGGGAUGCGGGACCACCUCGCACAUCACGUCUACAGCACAUUACACAUAAUGUCGCCUCCGUCGCCCAACACCGCGCGAGGGCGCUCCAGCAGAACGCGCCUCUUCUUCUCAGGCGCUCCCUUUUCUCGCAGCCGAAGCGACAACACAACAGCCUCCGCGAACCACGCCGCGGAAGGCGGGGGCAGGCCAGCGGCAGCUCCCGCGUCGUCAGCCGCGCCGUCGAGGCCUAGCGCGGGCGGCAUUAGCGACGGCGACAUCAAGCUGGAUUUCAACUCGUCGCCACCGUCGGCCGCGCUUUCCGAACAGAACCGCCGCGCGAGCAUGGACGGCUACACUGCUUUCCGCGACGCGUCCAAUGCCCCAGGCUCGCAGCGCCUGGGAAGCCCUGGCGGGGAUCAGCUUCCGGGCGGGGCGGGAAGAAGUCCGGCCGCGGCGCCGGCGGAGAGGAGUGCGGGCGAGCGGAUGCGCGAGGAGCUAUCGCGCCUCGCCAUGCUGGAGGAGACGCCCGAGGACGACGACUGGCUGGGCGGUGAACUGCUGCGCGCCAAGACUGACGGCGCAGCCAAUGCGGAGAGGCGCGCCAGGGUCCGCGGGAUGACUACCGGCGUCAGCACUGGUCGGCCAGGCUCGGGAGGGAACCGCAACGCGCAUGCCGCCAACGAGGGGUUUGGCGGAGCUGUGGCAGAAGAGUCGCAUUGGCCGGUAGGGGCGGCGGCAUGGAACGCGGGCGAGCUCCCUGCGCUUUUCACCCACUCCAUGCCCUUUCCCCCGCCCCAACGCCUCGCUGCUUCUGCCGCUCCGCUUGCCCAUGGGAGCGCCGGCGCCGAAUGGGGAGCGGUCCCCGAGUACGGGGCGAUGGGCGGCGUCAAUUCGGCGGAGUCGCGCGCGCUGAAUCGGAGCAACAGCAGCGGAAACAAGGCGUGGAACCCGCCGGAUGGCGCAAGCAACGCCGGUAACGUGCCGCUGUUUCCGUCCAUCAGCAGCGGCAAAGGCAGCAACAGUUUUGUUUUCCCCCGCAGAGCCCCGUCGAGCAGCGGGCAGCGAUCCAUGGAGCAAUUCGAGGCGCAAGCCGGGCUUAUAUCGGGUACAAUCGGCAGAGAGCAGGCGGCGAAGCCGCCUUUACAACAGCAGCUGCCGCACCUACGGCAGCAGCCUAACCCGCUUCAGCGGCUGUACCCAUCCGUGGUGGCCCCGCAAGGCGCGGUGCUGCCGCGCAACGUGGCGGCGUUGCGCCGGCCCAGCAGCAGCAGCGGGACUGCGCCUUCCUGCGGCGGAGGGUUCGCACGUGCGACGGGCGGAGAGUCGUCGAGCUCCAUGUCGCCCGACGCCUCCUCCACGGACGGCGACGGCGGGGCGUGCGACGCGGAUUUCCUGUCGGCGCCGAUUGCGCGGUCGGGGCCUGUGGCGUUCGGGCGAGUGGGCAUGGCGGCUCGCGGGGGAGCGGCGCAGCCGGGGGCGCAACGAGGGCCCUCUGCGCUGCGGCUACCGGCAGCGGGUCGCAACCUGCCGCCAUCACUGCUGCAGAAGCUGCAGUCGUUGCAGCAGCUCACGCAACCAUCGCCCGCACCUCCUGCAAUGGGCGAGCCUGCUUCUGCUGCCCCUCCACCCUUUGACGCCACCACUGACGCCAAGCCACGCGCGUGGGACCGACUCACCGCCCCCGCUGCGCCCGCUGCCAGCACUCGUCCCACAGGCGGAGCGGCCCAAGGGGAUGCGCGCAGUGGUUCGUCUCUUGCGUCCAGUGGGUCACAGGCGGGGUCCCAGGACGCGGAGCAACCACUGUCAGACGCGGACUCGAACGACGACAGCACCGCGGCCGAGCCACCCUGUGCAUGCCUCAACUGGCAGGGAGUGGAGAGCCUGUGUCGGGACAUGGAGUUGGACCGGCGUCCCAUCGAGUCCAUUGACAUCAUCAUCCCUGCGCCCGACACGCAAGGCAGCGCCGCACCCGGCGCCGCCUCCAGUGUGGUGUACGGGCUGCGCUUCGCUGGCACGGGCGAGUGGCAGCUGCCCGCCUGUGAGGCGCGUGCGGGGGGGGAGGUUGGUGCGCCGGGGGGGAGCCGUGAAGCGUACCGGUCCCACCAAGACUCGCUGCGCAGCGCGCCGAGCCUUCCGAGCAUGCCGUCGGGCGGGUCCGCGCGGUCCACGCCGCGGCGCACGGCGGGGGGCGUGUCGCGCUCGUACACGGACGAGCUGCAGCAGCAGUCGCCGCUCAUGGCGGCGGCGUCCUCCGCCUCCCCAGGCGCCUUCGGCGGCGGCUCGUCGCGCUUCUCCGCGGGCGGCGACGAGGCGGCGGCGGAGCUGCUCAUCGGCAUUCCGCCGAAGCGCCGCGCGGGCAGCAGCAGUUCCACCGGAAGCUUCCAGGAGCGCGACCGCAAGACGGUGUGGUUCGGCCGGCCGGGGCACGGCGCGGUCGGCAUCUCGGGCGUGGAGAGCGACGUGGGCAGCAGCGCGGGCAGCCUGGGGGGGGAAGGCUCCGCCUUCGGCAACUCGCUGACCGGCCCCGCCAGCUCGCGCCUGAACGGGCUGCUGUUCGGCGGGGGGGGAAGCGGCGGGGGGGCCGGCAUGUCGUCGUCGAUGGUGGGCGAGGAGGAGACGAUGCCCAUCGCGGGCACGGUGGGCGAGCCCAGCCCGUCGCACGGCGGCACGCUGCGCGACUACUCGAUGCGCGGCGGCGGCAAGCACUUCUGGACGUCCGCGCCUCCCCCCAUGGACCCCGCGGUGUCGCAGGCGGCUCCCGCACCCCCCGCGCAGUCGCAGUGGGGGGAGCAGAGCAGCGCGCAGGGGGGCGACGGCGCAACGGAGGGCGGAGGCGGGGGGGAUCAGGCGAGCACAGACGGGUCGGGGGGGGCAGGCGGGGGGGAAGAGGGCGCGUGCGCGGGGCCGUGCUGCAGCUCGCGCGCGCCUGCCGUGGCGGGCAGCACCGCCACCAUGCCCUCCGUCUGGUGGUCCGCCGCUCUCCAUCACGGGGCGCAGGUGCAGCUGCAGGCGUCCAACGGGCUGUGGGUGGGGCCGCGCCUGCCCGCGGGGCGGUGGGCGGAGCCAGGCGCGUACCACGAGACCGCGCCCGCCAGCGAGGUCUACACCGUGGAGCGCGAGGACACGCAGGCCCACGGCAGCGGUGCGCUGCGCCUGCGCACGCCCCAGGGCACGUACCUCACGUGCGCGCGCGAGCUCACUGUCACGGGGCUCGAUGCGACUGCCACGCCCGCCUCGCUGCUCUCCAUUGAAGUGGUGGAGGGCAUACCGCAGAAGGUGCGCAUACAGUGCAGCGACGGGUCGUUCAUAGUGGUGGAGGAAUCCGGCAUCCUCAUGCGCUCGCGCAACCGCGACGUGGCCGAGGCCUUCGCCGUGCGCGAGGCCAUGCAGCUGCCCGCCUUCCGCGGCGUGGGGCUGCCGGGCUGGCUGGUGCUGGAGGGCUGGCUGCGCCCCGACCUCUUCCGCCGCGUGCCUGUGUACAUUGACGGGCUGCAGUUUUCCCUGCAGUCACUCUAUACCGGGAAUUUUGUGCAUGUGGACUCGGCGAAUGGGUUCAGGUUGGUGGCGAAGGACGCGCAGCCGGGCGACUGGGCGUCGUUCCACAUGCGCACGCUGACGCUGGGCGACCGCCACCUGCACGAGGUGCGCUCGCUCGACUUCUCCUACUGGUCGCUGCACAACUCCUCCUCCCCGCCCGCCAACGCCUCCUCUGCUGCUGCAGGCUCUGGCGCCCCAGCCGCACCAGCAGGGGGUGGGGGCAUGGCGGAGGUGCGCAGCGAUGUGGCAAACCCGGGUGGAGAGGGCCUGGAGACGUUCCGGUUUGUGUUCCACGGGGCAGAGGCGCGGUGGGUGAUGAUCCAGGCGCCCAACGGCCGGUACCUCUCCGUCAACGACGAUGGCAGCGUUACAGCAUCCGUGCCAGCAGAGCAGGUGAACACGGCGGUGGGCAGCUGGGCGUGGACGACGGGCGUGGCAUUCCUGCUGGUGCACAACACGGCGGUGCGCGGCGAGUGGCAGAUGGGGCGGCACUGGGGGCCGGACGAGGUGGAGAAGCGCCUCGAGCACCACCGCACCACGUGGGUCACGGAGGAGCACUUUGGCGCGCUGCAGCAGGCGGGGGUGAAUGCUGUGCGCGUGCCCGUGGGGUACUGGAUAGCGGAGGAGGGCAAGGCGGAGGGGGAUGUGGGGGCGGGCGGGCCGCUGUACCCGUUCAGCAAGGGCGGGCUCAAGUACCUCGACUGGGCCUUCGACAUGGCCAACAAGUACGGCAUGCGGGUGCUGCUGUCCCUGCACGCGGCACCAGGAUCUCAGAACGGGUACGAGCACUCAGCGUCGCGGGACGGCAUUCCCGACUGGGCAGCGUCCCAGGUGAACAUAGACCGCACGGUGGAGGCCAUAGACUGGUUCGCACAGCGCUACGCCACCCACGACGCCUUCGCGGGCAUCGCGCUGCUCAACGAGCCUCUCGAAGAGGCCAUCUCCGCGGAGACGCUGGGGAACUACUACGAGCGCACGUACGCGGCGGUGCGCGCGCACUCGCAGUGCGCGUUCGUGGCGAUCAGCGCGCGCGUGGGCGCGGAGGCGACGGAGGUGCUGGACUUUUUAGCGGACGAGGCGCAGUUCACCAACGUCAUCCACGACGAGCACUUCUACAACAUCUUCCACGAUGCCCCCAAGUCCACCGCCACGCCCGCUGCUGCCGCCACGGACCCUGCUGCUACUGACCCUGCUGCCAACACGGCAGCCACAGGGGACGCUUGGGGCGGCGGCGGUGCUGGUUCAGGGAACCUAUCGGCGGUGCUGAGCUUUGUGUUGACGACGCGCGUGAAGGAGCUGGGGCUGCUGCAGCCGGCGGGGAGCGAGCGCGUGGCGAUGGUGGGCGAGUGGUCUCUGGCGGUGGAGGGGCAUGACAGUGUGGACGAUGCCGGCAUGGCAGGCCUGGCGUCUGCGCAGCUGGCGGCGUAUGCGCGUGCACGCGCCGGGUGGUUCUUCUUCUCGCACCGCAUGGGCCGCCCGCAGUUCCCGCGGUUUAGCUUCCUGGACUCGCUUGGCCGCGGGUGGCUGUCGCUGCAGGGCGGUGGCGGGUGGUACUAG